GUGGGCCUUGUGGGUGGUUCGGUUGGGUCGACCGAGAGCAUAAAUAAUUGUAAACAAAACAUAAAUUCACGUCGCGUGAAACAAGAUGAAUGUUGAUUCCGAUGAAACGAAACCUUUUACGUUUGCAACCGCUCAACAAUCACUGAAGGAGAAUCACCAACGUUGGCGCAAAAUAAAGUUCAGCGUAGAUGGGUUGGAUCAACUGGCGGGUGGCGGUAUCAGCUCACGUGGCAUAGUGGAAAUUGCCGGUGAACCUGGCUCGGGAAAAACACAACUAUGUCUACAUCUGGCACUGGUUUGCCAGAUGCAAUGUGAUACUCCCAGAGGGAUUGUCUAUAUUAGCACCGAACAUCCGUUCCCAUCGAAGCGGUUGGUGCAAAUGGAACAAGCAAUGAAGCGGAGCCUGGGACUAACGGGUGACAGCAAAAAGUUCACGGAUAACAUAUUCGUAGAACAUCUGAAUACGGCGCCCGCCUUGGAGGAAUGCAUUACGCAAAGACUGCCCAUUCUGCUGGAAAACAACCCGAUAACAUUACUAAUAAUCGAUUCCAUAACGGCAGCGUACACCGAAGAGCAAAACUUCGUGGACCGCGCCCAUUCGUUUCGGCGGGUGGUCAACGGGCUGCACUCCCUUCAGGAUAGAUUCGAUUUCGCGAUCGUUUGCACCAACCAGGUACGAUCCGUCGUAGACAGUUCCACACUGGACGAUGAACGAAUAGUUCCCGCCAUGGGACUAGCCUGGGGUUCGCUGGUGCACACGAGGUUUCAACUAAGUAGGGUUCCCGGGAGUAGCGAACGAAGAUGUCAACUGUUGUUCUGUCCGACUGCUGCACCGGGACGGAGCAGCUUCGUGAUAACCGAAGCGGGUAUUUCGGAUUUUGUGUAGUAUGUGUAACAUGUCGGCUAGAUUCACAGUGUUUGUUUUAAUUGUACAUUUAAAAUAUAGAAUUUUACACGUAUUCCGCCGUAUCAGUUUUUUUUUGAUUCACUAUUCUAUAAUGAUUGAUUGUUUUUUUUUCUUCCUAAUAAAUAUGCUAUUUUUGUUCAAUUAUAUCGCCUAUUCUAACGGUUUUCCUGUCCAACGUGUGGUUUUCAUAUUGAUCUUUUUUUGUUUGCUAUUUGAUUUGCUUCUACGUUUUUGUUUUUUCUGUUUUCUCUUCUUAUGUUAUCCAUUCCAGUUGAAAUCACAAAAUAUCACAAAUAGAAGCUAAAAGUACUAAAUGCCCGUUUUCUGUUCUGUUUUGUAAAAUAGUAACAAAUAAUUAGUACUUUUUGAUGCGUUUUUAUUAGAUAUUAGGAUAUCAGGAAACGAACGGUGGGAAGGGCAUGAUGCGUUUCUUUUUAAGUCGGUAAAAUUUAGGUCUAGUGUAGGUUCGUUUACGUCUGUUGUCAUUGUCAAUGUCUGUUCAUUGGGAUUUAAAAUUCUUAAAAAAGGGGUCUGGUACGUUUGGCAUAAUGCCAUUUGGCAUAACGGACACUUUCCAUAAAUGACAUUUGGCAUACAUGACGUUUGGCAUAAUGGACAUUUGACAUAAAAUGAUUUCACUUCUUCUUCUUCUUGGCGUAACGUCCUCACUGGGACAAAGCCUGCUUCUCAGCUUGUUCUAUGAGCACUUCC